CACUAUGUAGGGCGUGGCUGCGGGGCGGGCCCACCGCUGCAGGGGAGAGAGGGGAUGGGCAGUAGGCUGCGGUUGCACGCGCCGGACGUGGGUCCCCCCAGCCGACCUGCGAGAUGGUCGGCUCCGAGGGCGGGGCCAUCUGCGCGCUAAGCGCGGAAGGAGUUCGCGCGGCGACUGCGGGUCGGCGGGCGGGGCUACGCCCUGGACGACGGUGGCGACGCUGCUCCUUCUCCUUCCCAGACGGUGAGCCGCGUCGGCACCAUGUCGGCCUACCCUAAAAGCUACAAUCCGUUCGAUGAUGACGGGGAGGACGAAGGCGCCCGGCCAGCCCCGUGGAGGGACGCCCGGGACCUCCCCGACGAGCCCGACGAGUCCGCGGACAGGCAACAGUACCUGAGGCAGGAGGUGCUGCGCAGGGCUGAGGCCACGGCCGCCAGCACCAGCAGGUCCCUGACCCUCAUGUACGAGUCCGAGAAGGUUGGGGUCGCCUCUUCCGAGGAGCUUGCCCGUCAGCGAGGAGUCCUGGAGCGCACAGAGAAGAUGGUGGACAAGAUGGACCAAGAUUUGAAGAUCAGCCAGAAACACAUCAAUAACAUUAAGAGUGUGUUUGGGGGAUUUGUCAAUUACUUCAAAUCCAAACCAGCAGAGACCUCAGUUGAACAUAAUGGCACCCUCAUUUCCCAGCCCAACAGCAGAUUGAAAGAAGCCAUAAGUGCAAGUAAAGAACAGGAGGCAAAGUACCAGGCCAGUCACCCAAACCUUAGAAAGCUGGAUGAUACAGACCCUAUCCCUAGAGGGGCUGGUUCUGCUGUGAAUACUGAUGCUUACCCGAAGAACCCACACCUUCGAGCCUAUCACCAGAAGAUCGACAGCAACCUAGAUGAGCUGUCCAUGGGAUUGGGCCGUCUGAAGGACAUAGCCCUGGGGAUCCAGACGGAAAUUGAGGAGCAAGAUGACAUUCUUGACCGGCUGACAACCAAAGUGGACAAGUUAGAUGUCAACAUAAAAAGUACAGAAAGAAAAGUUCGACAACUCUGAAGACAGAUGGAUUUCCACUGUUGUGAUGAAAAAGAUUUGAAAGAUCUUUUUUUGAACUUCCAAGAAAUUUCAUUUACUGUUUUAGUAUGUAAAUUAAUGUGUGUUUGCAAAUGUUAGAGUAGAUCUUAAGACAUUUUGCGGUUAUAAGGAAGUGUUUGUUCCACAUUUUCCUAGGGUUAACACCUCGACAAUUUCUUCCAGCAAAAUGCUUAGAGUUUCAGUCUGAGCACAAUAGCCUGGCCCUGCAUAUCUUGGGUAUUUGAUUACCAGAUGGGAAUAAGAAGAGUUGCAUUUCUCACUUUAAUGAGCGUAUGGAAAGAUGCAGAUGGAAUUUCAGUCUUACAGCCACGAGCCUCUAUUUCUUAUUCCUAAGCCUUACUAUGAGUCAGAGUGUUAAGGGGGCACGUGAGCCAGUCAUUUGGUAGAGGAAGGUCCUUCCCACACCUUUGUUUAGGAGUCGUCAUUCACACACAUGUACACAUACAGUCAUACACACACACACACACUCUGUCCAAACACGUCUUAUUCUUUCAUCUCCUGGAAAGGAUCAGUAUUAGAAUGGGAAAUGGAGUGUGUUAUGUUCUUUGCUCUCGUUGGCAGAUGUCCCCACUUCCCUCCAGCCUCCAAUCCUUGGCAUGCGUGUUAGUAGAGACCAGUGCUACUCACUGUGACUCCUAGAAAUGUGCAGGGAAUUGGCUGAGCCCCUCUUCCCCAUGUGCUCUCAUCUGGAACUCUCCUGUGAUUGGGAACAGGUCUUCCACUGGCUCGAGGCUGCCAGGCUGUGACCGGCAGGGGCACCCAAAAGAGUAUGUGGGAAUGGAGUGUCACACAGAUGUGGCUGUGCAGUAGUCUUCCUCCACCCCUCUGAGAAUCACCAUUAGGCAGGCCUCAGUAGGACAAAAUGUUUAUUUAGUACCUGGGGUCUCCAGCACUCCCACCCACUCUUCUGCACUUUUUGCAAGGUAACUUGAAUCAUCACUUAUUUCUCUGCCACCCAGUUUUAGGACUGGAACUCUACAAAUGAUGCUGACUUUGUAUAGAAGGAUUUGGCUAAGGGGGGAAAAGGCCCAGAUACCAUUUUAACUGGCCCAGUUCAUUUUCUCCUAUCGUUUUACAAAAGGAAUCAUUUAGAAACAUCAAUUAAAAUUAAUUUCUUUGUUAGUACAUCUAACAAAAUAGUUGGAGCCACAGGCCCUUGUCUUUUUAAAAAACAAAAUACUUUGAAGAUGGUGAAAGCGACUGAUUUUAAUAAUGAGAUAGGUCACUGUUAAAAAUAACAGUGCCUUUGACCUUAAAACAUGGUACUGGCCCAUGUGACCUGUGCCAUUUCCCAGUACUUUACAGUCUGCAGCCUGUAAACAGUGGUGCCUCAAAGCAAAGGAGAGCUCUGUAAGUGCUGCAACAGCACAUUCAUUUCUACGUAGCAAUGUGUUUAUAAAAGUUUUCAUCCCAGGCCAGGUGUGCUGGCUCACACCUGUAAUCCCAGCACUUUGGGAGGCCAAAGUGGGUGGAUCAGGAGUUCAGGACCAGCCUGGCCAAGAUGGUGAAACCCUGUCUCUACUAAAAAUACAAAAAUUAGCCAGGCAUGGUGGCAGGAGAACUGCUUGAAUCUGUGAGCCAAGAUCAUGCCACUGUACUCCAGCCUGGGCGAUGGAGUGAGACUCCAUCUCAAAUAAGUAAAUAAAUAAAGUUUCCAUUCCAUAAUGCAUGACCUUCCUAAAAAUAUCCACAACCUCUAUAGGCAAGCAGAGCUUUAUGUGCUACAAACCGGUCACAUUCCAGCCACCUCAGGGAUUCUGAUCCAUGUCAUUAACCCUCCCAGGGUGUGAAGGCUUGGUGCUUAUCAAACUAGACGUUUGUUUACUAGAUGAGCUCGGCAUUAUUAUUCUCUCAAUAACUGGUAAGAGGGAAAUUUUAAACAUAAUACUUAACUCAAAACUAUUUCAUGAGGCUUUCAGCAAAAAGGCUGCUCAAAAGCAUGAAUCCAGGAAGCAGAGCAAAAGGCUUUUGUGCAGUUCCACUUAUUGUAAUUGUUUCCGGUUCUUUCCUCCAACACCUUCCAUGUAUGUCGUAACUGUUUCUCUUUAUCACCAUCAGGCAGACUCGUGGAGAUUAGUCAUUAUACCUCAGACCUAAGCUAAUUAUUUAAAAUAGAUACACGUAAAGGCCACUGCCAGACAUUCUCAGCAGUCUUCCACUUGCAUAAUGAAAUGAGUGAUUCAACUGACUUGAAGCAUAAUAACAUCUUAUUUUAUGCACCUUCCCUAUCUUGCUGGACUGAUGAAGCCAGUCACCCCCCGUUCUCUGUUUUUUUUUUUUUUCACCCCAAGUAUAUGGAAGGAGAACUGCCUUCACUUUUUUGGAAAUUUGUCUUCCUCUGACAUUUUAGGGGCAUUUUGUCCUGUUCUUAUUCAGACCCUCUUGUUCUAUGGCCUGUGCUGAGGGACUGCCCCUAAGCUACAGGACUGCCACCUGGUCCUUUCUGCCACCUCUUCCCCACUGCCAUGCCCAGGAAGGCCUGGUUGCUGAUGCUACGUUAUAAAUGAGUUACUUGCAUUUUCAUAGAGAAUGAAGACAUAAGACAGCUCCAGAAUCUUUUCACAUGAUGAUUGGGAUCAACAAAAAAAUGCUACGCUCUAGACUAGAUACAUAUGGAGACAAGCAAAGGUGCUAGGGCUGGGAUGACUGGAUGGAAUUUGGUACUGCAGACGAAACCAGUUAAUUCAUCCUUCUUGCCAGAUCGGGUCUGUAAGACAGAUUUUGAUUUCCACAGUUGAGCUGGAAACAAACUGUGCCUUCAAAAAAAAAAAAAAAAAGUAUUUCUAACUUAAGGUUGAUUAUGUGUUAAGUGUGCUACUAACAAAAAAUAGUGCACUCUCCUUCAAGGAAGUUUUCUAACAUCUAAUUUGUAACUUAGUGGAAUUGCCUUGUGGAUAUCUUUUUUGCAUUCUGUAGGAAAGAAAAUCUGGAUUUAACUCAGGUUGCAAGAAAUAAAAAUGUCAGUGCAUUUAAA